UUGAGUUUGAAUGGCAUCAGUUCCAUCUCCAACCAACUCCAGACAUGAAGUCUAAUCUUUCUCUGCUCAUUGCUGCCUUGGUUUGCUUCACUGCAAUCCAGGCAGCGCCUCAUUCUCUAAGAAUUCUGAACAAGCGUCAAGCAACGACUCCUGUUAAAUCUGAAUCAACUGCACCUGCCAAAGUCGAAGUUCCCGCUCCGAAAACUGAGGAAAAGGCCGUUGUUCCCGCUGUUGUCCUUCCUGCCGUCAUCCAGGUGAAUCCCGUUCCAGCUGUCCCAGUUGUUGCUCCAGCAGCGACUCCAGUCACUGUCGUCGCUGCAGCUGUUCCAUCCGCUGCUCCUGCUGCUGUCCCCACCGCCGUUGAUCCUGAGGCCGAACCAGUAGAAGCAGCUGAAGUCGAACCAGUUGAAGAAGUCGAGCCGGUGGAAGCUGAGCCGGUGGAAGCCGAGCCAGUGGAAGCCGAGCCAGUCGAAGCUGAGCCAGUCGAAGCGGAAGCAGCUGAAGCCGAACCCGCAGGAGAAGCUGAAGCCAAGGCACAAGCUGCAAGGAGAAAGCGUCAAGCCACCACCGCUGCUGUCGCCACCCCCGCUGUCGCUGCUACCCCAGUAGUUGCGGAUGCCCCAGUUGUCGCUACUCCAGUUGCUGCUGCCGCUCCAGCUGUAGCCGCAGUGAAUCCAUUCGAACCACCCAAGGACACCCCGGAAGUGGCUCAGGCUAAAGCUGCUCAUUUCGCCGCUCACGCUCAAGCCAAAGCCGCUCAAUUGGCCGCAGUUGCACCAGCCGCUGCUCCAGUUGCCGCUCCUGCGGCUGCUCCAGCCGUUGUGGCCGGAGAGGAAGUCGAACCGGUGGAACAGGAACCCAUUGAAGAAGUCGAACCAGCCGAGGCUGCGGAACAGGCCGAAGUGGAAGCCGCCGAACCAGCAGAGGCAGCAGAGGCAGCAGAGGCUGAAGCUGGAGGUGCUGCAAGAAGAAGACGCGGGGUUUAAUUCCUUUGAGAUAAAAAAAAAAAAGAAUUAUUUCAGGCUAUGGCAUGCAGUUAGUCGUCCAGCAAUAUUAUAGCCACUUUCAGAUGUAAAAAAGUCAUUGACGCAUAUUUCAGUUUUCUUCAUGCAGAAUUUCUAAUUCUUUUUUAAUUGUACAUUUAGUUUUGACACUAUUCAAACCCAGUUUAGCGUUGCGAAAUACAAUAUUCAAAAACUUA